AUGUUCAUCAAAUAUAUUCUAAAGACAAUAUUAUUAUUCAUCAAAAUGAAUAACAAAAUCUUCAUAUUUUAAAACACAAAUACAUUAGCACAAGCAUUGACAAAUAAAAUACAUGAAUUAGAGUAUCAAUCAAAAAAAGGUACCAAAUACCCAUUUGGGAAUAAUGAAGACUUUGUAGGGAUUGGUUAAAUGAUUUUAGAGUUUUUUUUCUCGGAUUAUUUGAUUUAAAGAGGGUAGUAUUAUUGAAAUUACACAAUAUAGUUAUCCAAAUAAAGAAACUUAAAUAAAAAAGUCAAGUGAUUUGGUGUUAUUAAGAUAAAGACUAUUAAGUGAAAGAAAUCUAGCUGAUAUAGCUUUAAGUUAUAAAUUAGAUAACUUGAUUUAAGUAGGUAACUAAAUCAACUUAAAGUAAUAAAUAUAAGGAUUAUUAGGAAAAACCCUAAAAUACUUUGUGAAACUUUGAAAUCUAUAAUUGCAGCAUAAUAUUUUGAUUCUGGUUUUGAUUUAGAACAUUUAAGAGAGAUUGUAUAACCAAUAUUAAAAUAAGUAUUGGAUAGGUAUACAUUUUAAAUAUUACAAAAUAGAGGUUAAACUGUUCCUUUAUUAGAACUGAAAUAAAAUCCAAAAUCAGCAUUUUUAGAAUUCGUUAAUGGUUGUACUAAUUUGAAGCCAAAAGUUUCUGUUGAAUGGAAAAAGGAUCCUACUUAAAAUGGAAAUCCUAUUAAUGUUUAUUAAGUAUAAUUAGAAUUGAACAAUAUUUUGUCUAUUACAAAAAUAGGAAUCAAUAAAAGAAAUACUGAAUAAUAAGUUUAUAGAGAAGCUUUAAAAAGACUUAAACAGAUUUAAUAAAACUUAUCAUAAUAACCACAUUUCUAAAAUUAGAUAACUUAAUCAUUAAAAACUAAAAAUUUAGAUAAAGAAUUAGAUGAAUAAAUUACUAUUUUAGAUGAAUUAGACACAUCUGUAAUUGAUUCUAGUCAAUUUUAUCAAUUUUCUGAUUUAAGAGAUAAUGAUUUAAGUUUAUUAGAAAAUUAAGCAACCCUUGGUUAAAAAGUUGAAUCCCUUUUAGAACAAUUUGCAUUAUGA